UCCGCCCUUCGGGCGGUGGCAGCCCCAAGUGCGCAUGCGCGGCCAUGGCGGCGGCCUGUGCGGAGAUGGAGCCGGCGGCGGCGCCUCCUUCUUCUCCUCCCGCUCCCGUCGCCACCGCGCCGGGUUCUGCCGGGCUGGUGUGCGCGCAGGGGCGGAACCUGAAGGCGGUGCUGUGCCAGCGCUGCGGCUCCCGGGUGCUGCUGCCCGGCGCCGCCACUUUCGCCCGCCGUGAGCUCCUGCUGCCCGCCAUGAGGAAGAAGGCGGCGGCGACGGCGGGCGGCGGCGACGGGGACGUGCUGCGGGAGCACUGGCUGGUGCGCGACAUGUUCUCCUUCGAGAACGUCGGCUUCACCCGCGACGUGGGCAACGUCAAGUUCCUGGUGUGCGCUGACUGCGAGGCCGGGCCCAUCGGCUGGCACUGCCUGGACGACAAGGACAGCUUCUACGUGGCGCUGGAGCGCGUGGCCCACGAGUGACGCUGGCGCGGGGCUGGGACAGGUGGCGGUGCCGGGCUGCACCCCGCUGCCGGGCAGUCCCAGGGACCGAGGACAGGCCCCGGCAGCGCAGCACCCCUCUGCCCGGCCACCGAGCUGCCCACUGACCACAGGAUGCACAGCACAGCUGGAGCCGAGCCCACGUAGGAAAGGUGUUGCUCGUGGCAGAGCUGCAGAGCAGCGUACCGGGACAAUAUUGCAGGACUGCUUGGGGUCACGCUUGCUGGAAGCAUUCCUGGGCCUUCGUGGCUGCUCUGUCAUUCCUCCUUGUGUCGUGGCUGUUCUUUGUGUACUGGGAUGUCUCCCAAGGUGAGUGGCUUGUGGCACAGUCCCAGCAGUGCGGGUGCUGGCACAAAGCAGGAGGAGGAGAGGACUGCUGCAUUGAUCCACAAAGUGUCUAACCUACAGCCAAAGCAGCUGUAGGGUGUAAGGCCGUGUCUUCUGGUGAUGUUCAGAUGUUCCCUGCCCCAGACCUUAACAUUUAGGUUCUCUAAAAUCUCAUCCUACUUGACAACUGUAACCUGUAAGAGUAUGUGGUGCCUAAAGUGUGUGUAAGCAUUUUAACUAAUGUGGUUUUAUUAACUGAGUACUUGGAAAUAAAAUGAGAUAUGCAGAGAGCUGGG